AUGGCCCCGCCGCGGACCGCGUCGUCAGAGGGCGUUGUGCUGAUCCCAGCCAUCUGCAAGGACAGCACGACUGGCUACAAGAACGUGACCUUCCACCGCAGCAGCAAGCAGUUCGAGGCGAAGGUGCGAGCUGGCGGCAAGAGUGUCUUCCUCGGCUCCUUCGACACCGCCGAAGAGGCGGCCACCGCCUACGCUCGCUCAGAGUACGGCCGCGCCGACGCCGCCAAGCUGCUGCAGCCCCGCGCUGCUCCCAUUGCCGAUGGCCUCGACGCGAUACGGCAGGCGGAGAGGGAGGGCCUGACUCUGGCCACUAGCAGCGGCAGCAGCAGCGGCUACAAAGGCGUGUCCUUCUGCCCGAAGGAGCAAGGCCGCAAGAAGUACAAGCUGCAGGCGACGGUUGAAGGCAAGAUGUCCACCGUCCAAUUUGGACUAUAG